AUGGAAGAACAUAUUGGUCCUUCACUAAUUCCCCCUACCAACAUUGAGGGUCUGAGAACACCAUCAAGAAUGGAAGAACAUAUUGGUCCUUCACUAAUUCCCCCUACUAACAAUGAGGGUCUGCGAACACCACCAAGGAUGUCAAAAAUGGCAGAAGGUCCCAGGGUACUUAAACAAAAGACCAAAGUUGAAGCAAAGGAUGUAAGAGAUGAUGGAAAUUGUGGUUUUAGAGCCAUAGCUGAUUUUAUGGGCUAUGGUGAGAAUAACUGGCGCCGUGUACGUAAAGAGUUGUUACAAGAGUUUCAUCGUAAUAACCUUACAUACCAAUUAUUAUUCCGACAUGCAGAGCGACUGGAGGAGGUGGAGAGAAGAUUAGAUUAUUUUGAUUACUUUCCACCUCGAGAUUAUUGGUUCUUAAUUCCAGAUAUGGGAUACAUUGUAGCAAAUUGUUACAAUGUCGUGUUGAUGCAUUUUGGGAAGCAUUUGAUGACAUGCUUCACAUUCUUGCCAAUGGAUAGCACCCCACUUUCUAUGGUUGAUCGGCGUGAAAUUUCUCUUGGUUUUGUCAAUACAAAUCACUUUGUCCAGGUUCAUCUGACGCCAUUUCAUCCUAUGCCAUUGCCACCUAUUGUCGAUGGUUGGUUCAAGCAUUCUCUACUUCUCGCAAACGGAUGGCUACCUCCUUAUAGUGAUCGCCUUCAUGCUGGCAAAGAUAUUUUUGAUACCGAUUAUCCAGAUGAUGAGAAAAUAGUAGGUGUUCAUUGUCCAAUCGAUGAAAAAUUUGUUACUCUUGAUAGUGAUUGA